AUGUACCGUAACAGAAAAAACUGUGAUGCAUAUCGUGAAAAAAUGACGGUCACAGGAGAAACGCUUGAAAACGAUGAACAAAUAAUAGAUAGUUUAACAAAACGCGAAAUUGAGGAGUACAUUGGAGAAGCUAACCUUGCAUCGGAAACCCUAGCGAAGCUCAACAUACGCAUUGACGCAUUACCCCAAAAAUACCAACAGCUACUCGACAAACUGGCAGCAAGCCAAUCAUCACUCGGUAUAAACCAAUUAGAUCACGUCUCCAUAUCCUUAGAGCAAACGAAAGACAUUACAGAGAAUCUAGAAGAUGACUAUGAGAUUCUGAAACUUAAACACAAAGAUCUAGAAUUACAGAGACGGAUCGAGAAGAACAAAAAGUUUAUCGAUGAACUGAGAAGGGAAUUGAAAAUGUCCAGGGAGUCAUUGUCUAAUCAAAACCCUGGGCCAGAUAAUGUCCAGGAUUACAUAAGACAACUCAAGCAAAAGGUAGUUUCUUAUGAAGAAAGCUGUACUAAGGCAAAGGCUAAAUACAAUAAGCUGAGCAUUCCUGAUACGAUACUUCCCAAGUCUUUAUCAGUUCUGGUGACGUCACACGAAGCCCUCCUCGAGGAGGCGAGGUCUCUCCGUCAGCGCGCAGAAGACAUAACUUUCGCGAGAGACGCCAUACAGAACUUGCAUAGACUGAGAAGAUAAUUAAGCAUUAUAUUGUGUACAAUAGAUAAUUGGAUAUUAUUAUUUUGAUAUUAUUCCAGUGGCGUAGCGUGGGUGUCAGCCGCCCGGAGCGGAAGACAGUUUUUCCGCCCUUUUAUUUAGGUAUUUCACUUUGAUGUAUACUAUACAUUAAUUCUAGAAUUUCAUUAAUUCAACUUUCUUUGAAUUGUCAGAGCAUCACAUACUUCCUUGCUAUUAUAAAAUACGGGGAAUUCCCCGAGUUAGUAUAGACGGUGUUACUAGUUCAAUCGGUCCAAAUUUGUAAUUGCGAUAAAAAUAUGAAAUGGUACAAAUAUUUUUAUUAUUUAUUGUGAAAUUUUGCCGCCCCCUAAGAAGUGCCGCACCCCCCACCCCCACCACGCUACGCCACUGUAUUAUUCGAAGUUUCGGUUCCGUUCGGAGCCUUUGUACUCACGAGACGAUCAGUCAUAGAUAUUUAAAUGUAAUGUUUCUUCUGUUUCAUUGACCUUCCCCUGCCACACCUGGAAUCAGAUUUGUUCUGAAUCCAGUAAAUCGUCUUAUGAUUGAUUCCGCUGUCCAGAGCCCGCUCAGAUUAAAAAAAAAACGAUA